AUGUCGGUCCAGAGCGUUUUUGACUCCUUCACCCACGGGGCCGCCGCUAUGGACGGCCGGACGUUCGUAAAGGUGUGCAAGGACUGCAAGGUGUUCUGCAAGCUGUACACAACAACCGACGCAGACCUCAUAUUCGCCAAGGUGAAGCAAAAGGGCGCCAAGACCAUCACUGAGCCAGAGUUCGAGCAGGCUUUGCAGCUCAUCGCCGAAAAGAAGAAAAUCGGCUUUCAAGAGCUCGUUUCCCAGCUUACCAGCGCUGCGGGGCCCGUAUACACCGGCACCAAGGCCAUGGCAAACAAAUUCCACGAUGACAAAAGCCUCUACACAGGAGUGCAUGCACACGGGGGCCCCAGCACAAAGGAUGACAAAGUUAAUGACCUCUCGAACCUCCUCGACCGCAGCCCCGCAGACGUUCGUGGCACCAAGAUGUAA